UGAACUAGUAUUCCCUGUUCUAGACAGAUAAGGGGACCACAGGCAGACCUCUGCAGGCAGAGAAAGGAGAGAGCAGCCAUGCUCGGGGCUAAAGUGAGGCCAGCAGGAAGGGAGGUCGGGUUGAACGGGGUCACGAACAGGUCCCCGUGAGUCGAUGAUGCACGUUUACUUAUCGAGCAAGAUCUCAGCUUCCAAAGCCUGCAUCCCAAGCACACGAUACAUCUCUGUGUAGCGAUCACAUGGCGUCAUCUCGAGAUGCUCAGAGUGCACUUGAUCUGUGUUUUCCCUAAUUCCCCACUCCCUACCCGAUCUGCCCCGGCCCGGUCUCAGAGUGCCUACCGCGUCUUCACCAGUAGCACCUGCCUAAAGCACAUGAUUCUGAAAGUCCGACGGGACGCUCGCAAUUUUGAACGGUACCAGCACAAUCGGGACUUGGUGAACUUCAUCAACAUGUUCGCAGAUACUCGGCUGGAACUGCCCCGGGGCUGGGAGAUCAAGACCGAUCAGCAGGGGAAGUCUUUUUUCGUGGACCACAACAGUCGAGCUACCACUUUCAUUGACCCCCGAAUCCCUCUUCAGAACGGUCGUCUUCACAAUCACCUGACUCAUCGACAGCACCUGCAGAGGCUCCGAAGUUACAGUGCUGGAGAGGCCUCAGAAGUCUGUAGAAACAGAGGAGCCACUUUCCUGGCCAGGCCAGGACACAGCCUGGUAGCUGCUAUUCGAAGCCAACACCAGCAUGAGGCAUUGCCACUGGCAUAUAAUGACAAGAUUGUGGCAUUUCUUCGCCAGCCAAACAUUUUUGAAAUGCUGCAAGAGCGUCAACCAAGUUUGGCAAGAAACCAUGCACUCAGGGAGAAAAUUCAUUACAUUCGGACUGAGGGUAAUCAUGGGCUUGAAAAGUUGUCCUGUGAUGCAGAUCUAGUCAUCUUGCUGAGUCUCUUUGAAGAAGAGAUUAUGUCCUACGUGCCCCUGCAGGCCGCCUUCCAUCCCGGGUACAGCUUCUCCCCCCGCUGCUCGCCCUGCUCCUCACCUCAGAGCUCCCCAGGGUUACAGAGAGCCAGCGCACGGGCCCCUUCGCCAUACCGGAGAGACUUCGAGGCCAAGCUCCGCAACUUCUACAGAAAACUGGAAGCCAAAGGAUUUGGACAGGGUCCAGGAAAGAUUAAGCUCAUUAUUCGUCGUGACCACUUGCUGGAGGGAACCUUCAAUCAGGUGAUGGCCUAUUCCCGGAAGGAGCUGCAGCGGAGCAAGCUCUACGUCACUUUUGCCGGAGAGGAGGGCCUGGACUACAGUGGUCCUUCGCGAGAGUUCUUCUUCCUUUUGUCUCAGGAGCUCUUCAACCCCUACUACGGACUCUUCGAGUACUCUGCAAAUGACACGUACACGGUGCAGAUCAGCCCCAUGUCGGCGUUUGUAGAAAACCAUCUUGAAUGGUUCAGGUUUAGUGGUCGUAUCCUUGGCCUGGCUCUAAUCCAUCAGUACCUUCUCGAUGCUUUCUUCACGAGGCCCUUCUACAAGGCACUUCUGAGACUCCCCUGUGAUUUGAGUGACCUGGAAUAUUUGGAUGAGGAAUUCCACCAGAGCUUGCAGUGGAUGAAGGACAACAACAUCACGGAUAUCCUAGACCUCACUUUCACCGUUAAUGAAGAGGUCUUUGGACAGGUGACGGAAAGGGAGUUGAAGUCCGGAGGUGCCAACACGCAGGUGACAGAGAAGAACAAGAAAGACUACAUCGAGCGCAUGGUGCGGUGGCGGGUGGAGCGUGGCGUGGCGCAACAGGCCGAGGCGCUGGUGCGGGGCUUCUACGAGGUUGUAGACUCAAGGCUUGUCUCCGUGUUUGAUGCCCGGGAGCUGGAGCUGGUGAUAGCUGGUACUGCAGAAAUCGACCUAAAUGACUGGCGGAAUAACACUGAGUACCGGGGAGGUUACCAUGACGGGCACCUUGUGAUCCGCUGGUUCUGGGCUGCCGUGGAGCGCUUCAAUAAUGAGCAGAGACUGAGAUUGCUUCAGUUUGUCACGGGGACGUCAAGUGUGCCCUACGAGGGCUUUGCAGCCCUGCGAGGAAGCAAUGGCCUUCGGCGUUUCUGCAUAGAGAAAUGGGGGAAGGUUACGUCUCUCCCCAGGGCACAUACGUGCUUCAACCGACUGGACCUUCCACCAUACCCCUCGUACACCAUGCUCUAUGAAAAGCUGUUAACGGCAGUGGAAGAGACAAGCAGCUUUGGACUUGAGUGAGGAGAUGGACCUCCCCUGACAUUGUCCUGGCCAGUGACAUCACCCUUUCUGGGAUGAUUCCCUUUUCCUUUCCCUUAACUCUCCUUUGAUUUUGGUAUUCCAUGAUUUUGAUUUUCAAACCAAAUCAGAAUUGACGAAAUCUGUGCAUGAAGAACUGCCUUCUCAGAGCUAACCUUCAGGCUUAUCUCCUCUGUUUUCAAUGAACUGCUAGCCUGUAUGCAAUAUUCAAAAACAGCGUCUCAAGGUCUCUGUAUAUCUCCACAUACCUCCAUUACUAACAAUGAAAUAUGAAUGCAAGUUAUGCUACACUUGACCAAAUGGUAAUAAAUGUUUACUUCCAUUUCUAUCA